AUGGCCGCGCCCAACAUCGCUUCCUUUCCUCAACAACAACAACAUCAGCUCCUCCAAAACCCAAACAACAUCCUCUUGGCCCAGCGCAACCUCUACACAAAGGAACGCUUCCAGAACCUCACUCAGCGUGCGAUCGCUCUCAAAAACCAGGGCUUCACCCCGGAGACGAACAUCGAACUCGACAAGAUCCUCAAGUUUCUCCAUCAAUUUCAGCUCUACCAUGCUUCCUCGAGACCCCAUCUGGACCACUCUACGACGGACCAUACUCCCGUCGUCAACGGCCAUGCCCCCUCCUCCUUGAUCCCCCAGAACAGCAUGAAUGGUGCUGCUCCCUCUCUCACCACUGGCCCGCUCCCGCAACAGCCCUAUCCCAAUCCCCCAUCCACCCCCGUCUCCUUCACCCCAGACCAGAUCAACGCCCUCCGCGCUCAGAUCCACGCAUUCAAGCUGCUCCAGCGUGGCUUUCCGGUCCCAGAGACGAUCCAGCAGGCCAUCCGCUCCCCCAACCAGGUCAUCCCAGACCUCGAGAAGCUGCUGUCCAUCCAGGACCCCAAUGCUCAGAUCGUCGACGACGCCGUCAAGGUCCAAAAGGGCCCAGGCGACGUCCCGCCCCUUCCCAUCCCCAUCCCCAUUCCCGCCCCUCCAGAAACGCCUCUUCCAGGCCAGGACGAUGUCCCACCCAAACUGGAGGAUACCCAGCCCGAGAUUGUUCCCGUGGGUCCUAUCGUCGAUGAAGAUCCUGACUCGAGCAUAUACCCCUACAACGCCUACCUCCAUCCCUUUACCUACAUCAAACGCGGCAACGAGUCCACCACCGACUAUGCGUCCCGCCUCCAGCGCCUCCUCGUCCCCUCCAUCAUGCCCUUGGGCCUCGACCCCUACCAGCUCCUCUCCGAGCGCGACCGUUUCGUUGAAGCCCGCAUACAGCAGCGGAUCAACGAGCUCAUGGCCAUGCCUGCGACCAUGGGCGACGGCGACCUCGAGCCCGUCGUGGACGACGACCAGUUCAAGGAGAACGACCAGCCCUCCGCUGGCCCGUCUUCGCACAAGGCGAUCAACCUCGACCUCGUCCACCCGCCCUCCACCGCCCACGGCAAGCUGCGCGCCAUGAUCGAGCUCCGCUCGCUCCGCGUCCUCGACAAGCAGCGCGCCAUGCGCGCGUCCGUUGCAGAGCGCCUCACCCACGGCUCGCUGCUGCCGCUCAACCGCUCAGAUUUCCGCCGCACGCGCAAGCCGACGCUGCGCGACUCGGUCACGACGGAGAAGCUCGAGCGGAAGCAGCGCUCGGAUCGCGAGGCUCGCGCCAAGGAGAAGCACCGUGAGCAGCUCAACAUCAUCACCUCGCACGGGCGCGAGGUCCUCGCCGCGAACCGCGCGGCCCAGGACCGCGCGACGCGCCUGGGCAAGAGCGUGCUGCAAUUCCAUAUCCACGCCGAGCGCGAGGAGCAGAAGCGCAUCGAGCGCAUCUCCAAGGAGCGGUUGAAGGCGCUCAAGGCGGACGACGAGGAGGCGUACAUGAAGCUCAUCGACACCGCCAAGGACACGCGCAUCACCCACCUCCUCAAGCAGACCGACUCGUACCUUGACUCGCUCGCCCAGGCGGUCAUGACGCAGCAGAGUGAGCACGCCGACACGGGCCCCGCCAUUCCGUUCGAGUCCGAGGAGGGCCCAGCCACCGAGGAGACGUUCGGCGCAAAGAAGUCCCUGGACGACUCGCAAGACGAUAAGGGGAAGAUCGACUAUUACGCCGUCGCUCACAAGAUCAAGGAGAAGGUCACUCGGCAGCCGAGCCUGCUCGUGGGCGGCACGCUCAAGGACUACCAGCUCAAGGGUUUGCAGUGGAUGGUCAGCCUGUACAACAACAAGCUCAACGGUAUCCUCGCAGACGAGAUGGGUCUCGGAAAGACGAUCCAGACGAUCUCGCUCAUCGCCUUCCUCAUCGAAGUUAAGAAGCAGCGCGGUCCCUACCUGGUGAUCGUCCCGUUGUCGACCCUCACCAACUGGUCGGGCGAGUUCGCCAAGUGGGCGCCGGCGGUCAGGACGAUCUCGUACAAGGGCAACCCGGCGCAGCGUCGGUUGCUCCAGGGUGACAUCAGGACGGGCAACUUCCAGGUGUUGCUGACGACCUACGAGUACAUCAUCAAGGAUCGACCCCACCUGAGCAAGCUCAAGUGGGUGCACAUGAUCAUCGACGAGGGUCAUCGUAUGAAGAACACCCAGUCCAAGCUCUCGCAGACCCUGUCCACGUUCUACCACUCCCGCUAUCGCCUCAUCCUCACCGGCACCCCGCUCCAGAACAACCUCCCCGAACUUUGGGCGCUGCUGAACUUCGCCCUCCCCAAGAUCUUCAACUCGGUCAAGUCGUUCGACGAGUGGUUCAACACGCCGUUCGCGAACUCCGGCACGGGCGACAAGAUCGAGCUGAACGAAGAAGAGGCGCUGCUCAUCAUCCGUCGCUUGCAUAAGGUGCUCCGUCCCUUCCUCUUGCGCCGUCUCAAGCAGGACGUCGAGUCGGAGUUGCCCGACAAGGUCGAGAAAGUCGUCAAGGUGCGGAUGAGCGCGCUGCAGACGCAGCUGUACAAGCAGAUGAAGAAGUACAAGAUGAUCGCCGACGGAAAGGACAGCAAGGGCAAGCAAAGCGGGGUCAAGGGUCUGAGCAACGAGCUGAUGCAGCUGCGAAAGAUAUGCCAGCACCCGUUCCUGUUCGAGAGCGUCGAGGACAAGAUGAACCCCGCCGGCCUCAUCGACGACAAGCUGAUCCGCUCCUCGGGCAAGAUCGAGCUGCUGUCUCGCGUCUUGCCAAAGUUUUUCCUACGCGGCCACAGAGUCCUCAUUUUCUUCCAGAUGACGCGGGUGAUGGACAUCAUGGAGGACUUCCUCAAGAUGAUGGGCUACAAGUACCUUCGCCUCGACGGUGGCACCAAGACGGACGAGCGUGCGGGGCACGUGCAGGCGUUCAAUGCCAAGGACUCAGAGAUCAUGGUCUUCAUCUUGUCCACGAGGGCUGGCGGUCUCGGGCUGAACUUGCAGACUGCCGACACCGUGAUCAUCUUCGACUCCGACUGGUCGGUCCCUUGCGAUCGUGCGCAUCGUAUUGGCCAGACCAAGGCCGUGCGCAUCUUGCGUCUCAUCACGGAGAAGAGCGUGGAGGAGGCCAUGUAUGCGCGCGCGCGCUACAAGCUCGACAUCGAUGACAAGGUUAUCCAAGCCGGUCGAUUCGACAACAAAUCGACGCAGGAGGAGCAGGAAGAGUUUUUGCGCUCGAUUUUGGAGGCCGACCAGGAAGAAGAGAACGAGGAGGCGGGCGACAUGAACGACGACGAGAUCAACAGCAUCAUCGCGCGCACGGACGAGGAGGAGAAGUUCUUCUCCGAUCUCGACAUCCAGCGGGAGCGCGAGCUGGCGAUGGCGUGGAAGGCCGCGGGCAACCGGGGCAAGCCGCCUCAGCCGCUCAUGCAGCUCGAAGAGCUGCCGGAGUGCUACCAGACCGACGAGCCGUUCGACGUCAAGGAGGACCUGGACGAGAUGGAGGGCCGGGGGCAUCGUCGGCGGGCCAUCGUCAAUUACAACGACGGGCUCAGCGACGAUCAGUGGGCGAUGGCUCUGGAGGAAGGCGAGGACGUGUUCGAGCUCGCCGAACGGAAUCGGGAGAAGAAGGAUCGGCGAGCGACAAACAAGCUGCUCCGAGACACCGAGUCCGGGGCGGGCACCCCGAUGUCCGACGGUCGUGGCCGCGGGCGGAAGGGCAAGGCGAAGGCGGUUGAGGACUUUGAGCCCGUCAACGGCAAGCGGAAACGGGGGAUCAAGUCCAUGUCGGUGACGCCAUCUGUGCAGGACGACGACGACGACGACCGGGACUCGAAACGCCGGAAGACGCGGGUACCCGAGUUGACCCCCGCCGUCAAAGAGAAGAUGAAGAAGGUGUUCAACGAGUGCUACAAGGCGCUCUUGUCGUGUACGGACGAGAACGGGCGAAAACGCUGCGAGCUGUUCAGAGAGCUGCCAGAUAAGAGGGACUACCCCGACUACUACCGCGUGAUCCACUCGCCGAUCGCGCUCUCGCACAUGCGCAAGCGCAUCAGCGCGCACCAGUACAAGACCGUGACGCAGUUCCGCGACGACGCGCGGCUGAUGUUCAGCAACGCGCGGACGUACAACCAGGAGGGCUCCUGGGUGUACAUCGACGCGAUCGAGAUGGAGCGCGUGUUCAACAACGUCUUCCAGCGCGCCGUCAUCGGCUCUGGCCUCCCCGGCGCGGACGCCGUCAUGCCCGCGCCCUCGCCGCCCGGGGUAGCGCCCGGGGCGCCCGAGGCGGCGGGGGCAGGGGCAGGGGCGGCGGCGGGCGGGAUGGACGAGGCGCUCACGCCGAUGGAUGAGGACGAGCGGCCGGUACUACCCAAGCUGAAGAGUGGGCGGAAGCAGAUCGUCAGCGACGACGAGUAUCUGACGCCGAGCAACGACGACUAGCGGGCGCAUUCGGUCGUGUUCGAUACGCGUGGUCGAGGUCGUGGGUCGCUAGAGAGGACUCGACUCGGCGCGGUUUAGUUUACGGUCUAUCUACUAUAUUAUUGUUCCUUGCGCGUUGUGUUGUGGUGCGUCGUCUGUGCGUCUGCGCGUUGGUGCGUGGGCCUCCCCUUGUUGGGAAGCUCGGUCUUUUUGGUUCUGAUCUUCCCCUUGUUCACUCGAGCGUCUUAAUCCAUGUCGCACUUUCUCUCUAUCUCUCUUUUUACGCAGCCUUUUGUUCGAGUAGACCUCCGUCGUGUAUUAUUAAACGGUUGUAGAACGCUCG